AUGGCGAUUGCACCUUCAAAACCCCACACAACCCUAUGUAUCCUCCUCAUCAUUUCCUUCCACCUCACCUCCUCCGCAAAUCCUAUAACUGAAACCAUAACCACCACCUGCACCGACGUCCACCACCACAAAUCCCCCCAAUCCAAAUGUAUCUACUUAAAAACAAACGCCGAUUGCCACCCAAAAGGCUACAUCAACUACCUUCAGAUCUUCUACUGUAAUUUAUCCAGAUUUCCUCAACUGGGUUUCCUUAUGCUCCUUCUAUGGCUCGUCAUACUCUUCUACCUAUUAAGCAACACUGCCGCUGAUUACUUUUGCCCCGCCGUCGAGAACUUGUCGAAAAUCCUCAAACUCUCCCCUGCCAUCGCCGGAACCACUCUACUUCCGUUAGCUAACGGCUCACCAGAUGUCUUCGCCAGCAUAAUAUCCUUCACUGCCUCCGGCGACGGCGGAAAUAUUGGCCUUAACAGUAUCCUAGGUGGGGCAAUUUUCGUUUCAACCGUCGUCGUCGGAAUACUGAGUUUAUUAAUCUCUUACCGUCGGAAAAUCGUUAUAGUUGAUAGACCUAAUUUCAUCAGAGAUGUCGUUUUUCUCCUCUUUUCCCUCUCGAAUCUCCUUGUAAUCUUCAUCAUCGGAAAAGUCAGCUUCUGGGCAGCGAUCCUUUUUGCUUCUACUUACAUCAUUUACAUUUGUUUAGUCUCUUACAUGCAUUUCAUCACCAUGAAGAAACAAAUAAUCUCAAUUGACGAAGAUCGUCAGCAGGGUUCCCGACUACCAUUACUGGUUCGUGUUAAUGCUCAACAAAAACUCGUACAAUCUGCAGAUAAAGUUGUACCUCACAGCAAGAGGAUCAUCAUGUUGCUUUUCUAUAUCACUAGGUUGCCAUUUUACUUGCCAAGAAGGCUUACAAUACCCACGAUAACACAAGAGAGUUGGUCCAAGCCAUUUGCUGUGAUUUCAAUGGUUUUAUCUCCAAUUAUGCUGGCUCUAAUUUUGAACACCCAACAGGCCAAAAUGGGUUCAAAAGCUAGCUUGGUGAUAUACUCUUUCGCAUUGGUAAUUGGGGUUGCUUUAGGGACUUGUACGUUUGCUUUCACACAUAGUACCAUGGCACCACAAAAGGGUUUGUUUCUUUGGCAUGCAAGUGGGUUUCUAAUGAGCGUGGUUUGGACAUACAUCACUGCUCAGGAAUUGGUCUCUUUGCUAGAGUCACUUGGGACCAUUAUUGGUAUGAACCCUUCCAUUUUAGGACUCACCGUCCUAGCUUGGGGGAACUCACUUGGUGACUUGACUGCCAAUGUUGCUAUGGCCAUGCACGACGGGUCUGAUGGAGCCCAGAUUGCCAUGGCAGGUUGUUACGCAGGACCAGUGUUCAAUAUAUUUGUGGGGUUAGGAUUUUCAUUUGUAAUCGCAUGUUGGCUGGGUUAUCCGGAACCAUACAUGGUUCCAAUGAACCCUUAUCUGUGUGAGACCGUGGGGUUCUUGAUCGGCGGUCUAUUAUGGGCCCUCGUGGUGUUGCCAAAUAGAGAAAUGCGACUCGAUCGAACUUUGGGAGGCGGUCUUUUAGCCAUAUACUUUUGCUUUUUGUUCAUCAAGAUCGCUAGGGUGGUUGGAUUGCUCGAUGGUUCUAUAUCUAACCCCUUAAAAACCUUAUAA